AAUUACAGUUUUUUUGUUCUCUUAAAGUAUUAAAGUGAAAAUGAUGAAAGAAAUAUGCACGUUAGAUGUGAAUGGAUAUAUGUCGGUUUCGAUGUGAAUUUAGAAGAGACCGUUGAUCGAAGAGUACAGUAUUUGUUUACGUGGAUAGCGGAAGCUGUUGUUUCAACGGCAGAAACAUUCAGUGACUAUUCAGUUUAGCUAACUUCAGUGAGGAGCUGUUAAAGCCUUGUUUGAAGCUGUAUGUGCCCCAUGGAGCUUGUAAUUAUGUCCUCUUGACUGGCAGAAGAACUCUCGGCACUGUAUGGGCUUUACGAGAGGUUUGGUGGAAUGGGAUCUUGGAGUGCUAAAUUUUGUGGGACAGAACGAGCAGACACCUCUACUGAGCAAAGAAAACCAUAUGAAUGCAGGAAAAGGAAACGUAGGUCUACCUGCCAGUGUGACAGUGAGAGUGAAGAAGAUCCAGAUCGUCUCCUCAACACACCCCGCAGAAAAAUGCUGAAAACCACAUCAACUUAUAUUUACCAAACCUUGUUUCUAAAUGGGCAAAACAGUGAUAUCCGAAUCUGUGCUCUGGGACAGGAGUGGGACUUGCACAAGGUAUACCUGUGCCAGUCUGGCUACUUCUCAAGCAUGUUCAGUGGUUCUUGGAAGGAAUCAAGCAUGGCUGUCAUCCAGCUAGAAAUACCUGAUGAGAACAUCGAUGUAGAAGGUGGGGGUCAUCUCGACACAGAGAAGACCAGGGAUCACCUCUCCAAACACCUUUAUUGGCUGAAUAUGGUCCGAAAUGUUGGACAGUUUUUUUCUCUACAGGUGGCAUUUGGAUCUUUGUACCGUGAUGAUGUCCUGAUCAAGCCCAGUAAAGUAGUAGCAGUUCUAGCUGCUGCAUGCAUGCUUCAGCUGGAUGGUUUGAUUCAGCAAUGUGGGGAGACCAUGAAAGAAACAGUCAGUGAUAAGACAGUCUGUUGUUAUUACACAUCUGCAAGCACCUAUGGCCUGGACUCUGUCAAGAAAAAGUGCUUGGAAUGGCUUCUAAAUAACCUUAUGACUCACCCAAGUGCUGACCUACUGAAACAGCUCAGUGUACGUAUGAUGGAGCAGUUAGUGAGGUCACCAGAUCUCUUUGUAAUGCAGGUGGAGAUGGAUGUUUACACCACCCUCAAAAAGUGGAUGUUUUUGCAGCUGGUACCUUCAUGGAAUGGAAAUCUGAAACAUCUCCUAGUCGAUGCUGACAACUGGAUAUCAAAGCAGCAAAAAGAGUACCAUGAGGAGGGGAUUUCAUUCUUAGAAUCUGAGCGGGGUGCCCCGUUUACCUCUGUGUUCAAGCAUAUUCGCUUACAGUAUGUCAUCAAUGAUUUAGCAUCUGCUAGGAUAGCAGAGCGUGAUGCCAUCAUUCCAUGUGAGUGGCUACUAGCAGCAUACAAACAGCAGUGGUUUGCAAUGUUAAAGGCAGAGCAUGACAGUGACUGGGACAUUAUGCAGGUACUGGCAUGUAUCCUGGCAGCUUUGGGCACAAGCCCACGAGAUGUAAACAAGGAGGAGUUCGAGUUAAGCAGUAUGAGAUGUGGCAGGAAACUGACCAGGGAUGGUGAUUACUGCUGGAGGUGGACUGGGUUUAGUUUUGGCUUUGAUCUGUUAGUGACGUACACCAACAGGUUUAUUGUCUUCAAAAGAAAUACACUGAGCCAGCCUUGCAGUGGUUCUGUCAGUCUACAGCCCCACAGGAAUAUUACAUACAGGUUGCGAUUGGCUUCCUUUGAUGUCAGUGGUAAGGUUAUCUUCAGCCGCUCUACUGGUUGCCAGGUGCUCUCACUUGAGAAGGACCAGGAGUAUGUUGCGAUGAACCUGGACAGCCGACUGCUUGUGUUUCCACUGUACAUUUGCUGUAACUUCCUCUUCACACAGCCUCGCAACAGAGGACAAGAGAGUACAAGACAGCGGGGUCAAAGUAACUCCUCUUGACUGCGUGUCUUCCUCCAUCCUGUCUACCAUGUAGUACGUUACCAGUUAAAAGCCAGUAUGUGACAUUUUGCCACUUUAAGAACUUCUAAAAAUACCAUUGCAUUUUAUAUAAUGUGUGUAUAUAUAUAUAUAUUUUUUAUGCUUUAAAAUAUUAAAAUGCAAUGUGGGCAUAAGAACUCAGUUCCAUUUUCACUGAUUUACAUUGGCUCAUCAUUUGAGGGUUUGUAAACAAGUUGUGCGACAGUGUUGCAAGUUGUUUAAGCAGUAUUUUGUUAAUCUAAAGAGUAUUUCUUCUUUUUUUAUUUUACAACUGGAUUUGGAAGUUAAGACAUUCCUUUGCAUCAAAGCUCGAACAAUGGCUACAUUUUGUUCUUCCUUCUGUAUUCUCAAUUUUCUGCCUUGUUUUUGUAAUUUAUGAAACUUUGCUAAAACAAGGAAACGCAUCUGUUGCUGUGUCUCCAGGUCAUUCAAUAAAAACCAGACUAGUUUACCAUC